CCGCGCUAAAAAGCUUGUUCUUCCCGCCGUCUCCGCUGAGGCCAUCGUCAACUUGUUGCUCGUUGCGGUUUGUUGGCUGCAGUCAGCUUCAUUUGCGACAUCCCCCAUUACACACACACACAAUUCAAAGCACGCAGCUCUCGGCCCAGCAACAACCAUUUGGACUCAACAACACACCAAGCCUGUCCAUGGUCUACGUAAUCGUCUCCAUCGGCCUCAGCUGGGAACAUCCCGAUUCAUUCAUCUAUCAUCAUCGCCUCCCCAUCUCAUCUCAUCCCGUCGUCAUCUGCAGCAUUCAUCCUUCUACACUGCCUGCCUUCCGUCUAUUGCAUUUGCGACGCUCUCCCCGUUUGGGCUGGCGUAGGCCUGACUCUCAUGCGCCUAACCGUCACUCAAACCCACCAUUUCCGAAUGACAUACCGCCGUCGUUCGUCACGGUACCACAUGAACCGUGGAUUGCUGACCAUCAUGAAGAAACAAUUACAAUUCUCUCGACCUCCGCUCUGCCUGCCUGCGUCAUCCCAAUAAUAUCGCUCGCUCAGUAUCGACAAGCAGCACUCGCCCUUGCCAUGGCCCGGCAGCUCAUCGCCACAUCGUGCCAAGGGUCGCCUACACCAUCUUCCUUGCCACCCUCCCCAAGCCCCUAACACAUGCCACCUGCCACACCGUUUCACAUCCACCCUUUGACAUUUCAUUGCUGAGACAAGAUACACGCCAGGCAU